GAAGAAUGUGUACACGGAAGUGAUUCUUACUUUUCAGAAUCCUUUGUACCCGUCCAGUCCGCAGUUUGUUACAAUGGUAAGCUAAGUUACAAUGACGUUUAACUACGUGAGGGUAACAAUGUGCCUUUUUCCGCGGAUGGUCGAUGCCCAGCACCGGGUCGACGAACGACAGGACGUGAAAUUGCGGCUGUUUUGACAGCUGAAGCUCCACUAGCUUGUCUGUGUGGACACUUGCUGAGGGCAAGACAAGAACUAAGCUCGCAUUUAUCCUCAAGGAACACGUAUUGUUCCUAUUUACGUCGUUUUAGGUAUAAACGAAUACAAUAAAGCUUCUACAGAGCGGCGACAAUGGCUACUUUCCGGCUAAAGUACCUCUCUCUGGGGGUGCUGGUGUUCCAGACCACCUCUUUGGUGCUUAUCAUGCGAUACUCCCGCACCCUGCAGGCCGAGGGCCCGCGGUACCUGGCCUCCUCUGCAGUGGUGGUGGCAGAGGUCAUGAAGAUCAUCAUCUGUUUGCUGCUCGUCUUUAAAGAACAUAGCUACAGCGUGCGAGCUUUAAACAGCGUUCUCCGGCAGGAAAUUGCCUACAAACCCAUAGAAACAUUGAAGCUGGCCAUUCCAUCCGGCAUCUACACCCUGCAGAACAACCUGCUCUACAUCGCUCUGUCCAACUUGGAUGCCGCCACGUACCAGGUCACCUACCAACUAAAGAUCCUGACCACAGCUCUGUUUUCUGUGUCCAUGCUGGGUCGUAGGCUGGGCGUCUACCAAUGGCUGUCUUUGCUCAUCCUCAUGGCUGGAGUGGCUCUUGUGCAGUGGCCAUCUGAAUCAUCGCUGGGCCCUGAGAAGGAGGCUGCCGUGUCCUCAGGCUCUCAGUUUGUGGGCGUUGCAGCGGUUCUGGUGGCGUGUUGCUCCAGCGGCUUUGCUGGCGUCUACUUUGAGAAGAUCCUAAAGGAGAGCAAACAGAGCGUCUGGAUCCGCAACAUUCAGCUAGGGAUGUUUGGCUUUGUGUUUGGCUUGGCCGGGAUGCUGUCCUUUGAAGGCGAUAAAGUACUGGAAUUGGGAAUGUUCCAGGGAUACAACACAGUCACCUGGACAGUUGUCACGCUGCAGGCGCUGGGUGGUCUGGUCAUAGCAGCGGUCAUCAAGUAUGCUGACAAUAUUCUCAAAGGCUUCGCCACGUCGCUCUCCAUCAUCCUGUCCACGCUUAUUUCAUACUUCUGGUUACAGGACUUUGAGCCCACAGGAGUUUUCUUCUCUGGAGCCAUCCUCGUCAUCAUGGCCACAUUUCUCUACGGCUACGAAGGCAAGGUGGCCCCCAAUCCCAGCAGGGCGUGAGAUGGGACAGCAGAACUUCGUGUUGAAGAAGACAAAAUGAGGUUAAGGGAAGUGGUGAGGGAAAAGGGGGGAAAUGUCUUGUGUUUUGUUGUUGAUGUUUUUGUUAGAGACUGGAGAAUUUAUCAGGUUGGCGAGGAAGAAUUUAAAGGAAACAAAAACACAAUGCUGUUUACACCCAAAGUGCCUCUUCUACUCAGACAGCCGACCAGUUUGAGCAUCAGUCACUUUACUGUCACAUCAUUCCAUUUUUGGCAAUAAAAACUCUCUAGCCCUGGCAGCCUUAUUUGUGCUGAGCAUAGAGGUCUUGCUAUACCAACGCAGCUUUGAGCUAUGCGGAGGCAUAGGGGGCCCACAAGGGGGUGCUCCAGGACUCUUACCAGAAACUAAAUAAAACUAUUAUUAACCCCUUAGCGUUCCCAUGGCUAUCAUGUUAGAAAAACGUGUUAACUAACAAAAUAUUCAGUUUACUAAUAUUAAAUCCUACUUGGCGGAAAUUCACUUGUGGUCGGGUCCGGAACCACCAAACCGCGCUAAACGACGAUUAACUGUAAAUGCAACUCAUCUUUGAAGCCUCUCAUUAUUCCAACUGCAAAUAAACCUUCCGAAUCUUCCGUCCCUUCCCCACCCCACUCAUCACAGUGUUCACCAACAAGUCGUUAGUCAAGGUAACCGUGAUGUUAACUGUUCAUUUAUCAAUUUCUUGUUGAACUGGUUAAAUACUCAAAAAUAGGCAUAUUUGCGCAAAUUGUACAAAUCUUUAGCCUAAAUUAAUAUUGUCAGGCAUAAAAAUGGCUAAAUGGAAGGCAGUCAAAUUGUGAAUGUAGUAUUCUAUAUUGGUCACUAGGUAUCAAUAAGUGUUUGGUCAGACCCGCACCAGACUUGAUUGCCGCAACAGGCUUUUAUUGCAAGUUUAAUUGCUAUGACAACGGGCACAAUAAUAAUAACAAUAAUCAUGAUAAUAACACAGGCUACUGUGGCCAUAACACACAACAACUCUGAAGCCCCUACGUCACUUCCUAUCCACCACACAUUAUUCUUCCCGACUAGCACCGAAACGCAUUUAAUGCAGUCAUACAUUUUAUUUGGCUGUUUUCUCUGAUUAUAUAUGCGAUAUAUAUAAUACGAAUGUAAAGGUGCUUGUAUGUGUGUUAUUUCAUGUCUAAAGUGUUCUAAUAAUGUUAAAAAAACAUAUUUACAAGAUGGUAAACAGGUUUUCUAUGCUCCAACUAUGAAAAUAAACAAAAGAUUACGGUGUAUGUACAGGUAAAACGGCGCUUCUUACCUUUUAAAAAGACCUCACAACCAUGACUGUACUUCAAAUAGUUCAAAGCCAGCUUUACAUUUACUUUGGGUGUAGUUUUUUUUUUUUUCAGAGAUUUUGCCAAAAAAAAGUCACGGAAUGCUAAGGGGUUAAUUCAAAUAUACAAUGACACAUUGUUGUAAAUAAUGGCACAUUUAACAUAGAGCACUAAUGUCAAUGGGUUAAUUUAUUUGUCUCUUAAUCAGGGUUUAAAUUACUGAAACAGACACUGAUUUAAUUUCUGUUAAUUGUAGGGAACCAAAUGGUCAAAGAAAUGUAACUGUAUGUAAUCUAUGUCUGAAACGCACUGGCUUUUUCAUGCUGAUCAGAGAUUUAUGAGUUGAAUUGUAUGAUUUGACUGUUAUUCUUCUUCAGAAAUGACUUGUUUGCUUCAAAAGCGGGUAUGGUUACGUUGUUAAUGAAAUUACUACUAAGAGAAUCUUUUUAUAAAGUCACCCAAAAAAAUCUUUCUGAAUGUUGUGCUGCUUGUAUCUACGUAUAUUCCAGAUAAAGAAAUACAUUUUCACCCUUUUUGCUAUGAGGAAAUAACACAAUUGAAGGAAUGAAUUCACACUUAAAAUAAAUGUAGUCAUUUGUUUUAAUGAAUUAAAAACACUGCAUGCAA